CCCACGGUGUAGUUCAGUUCAGCCGUGUAUCGCUCAACAUGUGGCGGGCCGUCGUUGUCGUGUGUGUUCUCUGUUUGAUGGCGUUGUCGACGCCGUCGUGCCAGUCUAGUGGCGUUCCGCUACAGGAGCGGAUGGCGAGGGGUGUAAAUGGUGGUAGUAACUGUGCGACGUGUUCCAUCGUCCUCGGUUUGAUUUACCAGCUGUCUGAGAUCCACAACGAGACGGUGGUCAAGGCCAUGGAGAGACUCUGCUCCUUCCUGCCCAGUCAGUUCAAAGAACCGUGCGACGUGGCCGUCGACUUCCUCACACCUUUUCUCAUACAAAUAAUAACGGACGAGGAGACACCGGACGCGGUUUGCCUGUCUCUCGGCUUUUGUACGACAGAUCCGGGUCACCAGACUUGCAGAUUGUGGCCGAAACCUAAGACUGACUUUAAUUCAGCUGUAAAAUUAAGAAGAGCACUUAUAGAGAAGAUAACUCGAACCAAACUCUUGGAACCAAGUAUUUGCAAGCUGCCCGGAAUUAAAGAGAUCUGUGCCUGGGUAGACACGACGAUUGGACAUCACUUACCUUCGUUUGAUGUGGAUGUUGACGGGUUCUCCAAUGUGCAGACGUUACGCGGGUAUUCUUGGAGAGGAGCGGACUGCAAUGAUGACAGAAGUGACGUCCACCCCGGUACCAGACCAGUCGAUUCCGAUGUGACGUUUGAUUCCAACUGUAAUGGAAUUUACGGUUCCGACCCAACCAGCACUCGGCCGUAUGAAGACGUGUUGUGUGGGGGGACACAACCACGAGGCAUAGCAGUGCUCGGCGAUUCGGUCGGCGCUCACUUCCACCUCCCCGAGGAAUGGUUCGAUUCCAGGAAACUGUCGCCGAAAGUAUUUGAGAACUUGCCUUUCAUCAUCGAAAACGAAAUUGACUGGCCAGAAAUGUCUUCAGUUACAGGUACUAACCACAUAAACUGCUUUUAUGCAAAAUUACAUUUAAGUGUUCUGCAUACUCUACUCUAUUCAACUUCAAAAUGUGGACUCGUUUUAAUCAUCCCAUGUAAUAUCAUUAAAUCAUUUAAUAUUCACAGUCUGCGUCGAAAUCAACUAAAGGAUUACCCCAUGUUGAUCAUCUACUCACUGGUUGGAAACGACGUCUGCAACGGACACGCAGACACGUUCGCUCACAUGACGACGCCGCAGGAAAUGUACGACAAUGCCCUCAAAACCAUGCUGUAUCUGGAUAAAGUUUUACCACCUAACAGUUCCGUCAUGAUGACCGGUCUCGCAGAAGGACGUUUUCUCUACGACAGUCUUCAUGAUAGGAUUCACCCGAUUGGUCGGCUGCACAAUGACGUCACGUAUCCGGACUUAUACGAUUACUUCAAUUGUCUUGAGAUAUCACCGUGUACUGGGUGGAUGAAUACGAACAAGACGGUCCGCGACAUGACCUCAGAGAGAGCGGAACAGCUCAGCGCUGCUUUACAAGAUUUAGCCAAUAACAACGCAUCUUUGUUUACCAAUUUCAAACUGUACUACAUGGAAUGUCCACUUAAUAUUGGUUUCAGAUUCUGGGCUAAAUAUGGCCUUCCAACAUGGAAACUAAUAGAACCCGUCGACGGAUUCCAUGACAACCAGUUUGGCCAGGCGCUGACAGCCCAAAUAGCUUGGGAUUAUUUUGAGAAGAACCAUCCGGAAAUACUUGGAAGCAUUAACCCUAACAACGCUGAGAUCGAGAGAAUCUUUGGACAACAGGGUGGCUAUAGAAACUAAGUCAGCUUUUGGACUGUCAGAUUCUUUGUGGCAAUACUCGGUGAAAAUAUUACUACACAACAUUAAUGCAGUCAUGAUCAAUUAAGAUGGGAGUGGUGGCAAGGAGUAAUUUGGCCAGGGUGUGAGUCCCCAAGGGCAAUGUGAUGUUUAGAAUGUAAUGUGACAGUACAAAUACAGAGCAACGUAUCAAAUAUAAAUAACGGAGAACGUAUCAAAUAUAAAUAACAGAAAAACGUAUCAAAUAUAAAUAACAGAAAAAAAAUGUUUAAAAAAAAAUAACAGAGCAACAUCAAUUAUAAAUAACAGAAACAUAUCUAAUAUAAAUAACAGAAACGUAUCAAAUUUAAACAACAGCAACGUAUCAAAUAGGAAUAACAGAAAAACAUAUCAAAAUUUUAAUAUCAAUAACAGAGAAACGUAUCAAAUAUAAAUAACAGAGAAACGUAUCAAAUAUAAAUAACAGAGAAACGUAUCAUAUAUCAAUAACAGAAACGUAACAGAGAAACGUAUCAUAUAUAAAUAACAGAGAAACGUAUCAUAUAUAAAUAACAGAAACGUAUCAAAUAUAAAUAACAGAGAAACGUAUCAAAUAUAAAUAACAUUAAGAUUGUAGCUACUAAAAACAAUGUCUUUCUUUUUUUCAUUUUUAAAUAGCUUAAUCUAGUUUAAUGUUAAUAACUACUUUGAACGUACUUUCGCAACUAAAAUAGAUUAAGAAAAGUAGAUUUAAGAUACACUGUUUGAUUUUUAGGUCUGAGCACCUGCUGUUAUUUCCUGACAAACAGUUCUGAGUUUUGUCAUGAUGUUUCACUGAUAUAUCUACUGUGAUGAUGCUGUUUAUGUCACUUAUAUUUUAUUUAUUUAUUUAAUUAGGAUGUUGGUCCUCUUUGAUAGGAGUCUAAUUCGGAUUUUACUUGAUUAUUAUAUCUAAAAAUACGCAUUGAUGGGUUUCAUAUUUAUAUUUUUAAAAUCAUUUCCGGUGAUAACCUUAUGGCAAGGGUUGCAUUCAGAUUGUAUUUGAUUAUUAUAAUAUAUUAUUUUGGCAUGGGUUGGGUCAAAUUUUAGUUGAUUUGGAUUUUACUUAUUUCUGGGUAUUUGCCCUUUGGCCGGGGUUGCAUUCAGAUUUUACUGGCUGGAUUAUUAUAUCCGAAAUAAUAUAUAUAUAUAUUAUAGUCUUAGAGUGGAAACCCGCUACAUUUUUACAUUAGUAGCAAGGGAUCUUUUAUAUGCACCAUCCCACAGACAGAAGUGUGGAAUGCAAUACAAUGGCAUCAU